CCCCCUUUCCCCUUCUCGUCAACCAUGGAUGUUUUGGCGAAUUACAGUAUUUUCCAGGAACUCCAACUCGUCCAUGACACUGGUUAUUUCUCGGCGAUGCCUUCCCUGGAGGAGAACUGGCAGCAGACAUGUCUAGAGUUGGAGAGGUAUCUACAGACGGAGCCCAAGAGACUCUCGGAGCUCUUUGACGAGGAGUUGGACUGUCUCCUAACACCGGCCUUCAUGCAAGGCGGCGACAGCGAUGAAGACCUGAUGGACCCGCUCCUGCCCAGCCUCCCCGACCAGCCGAGCCCGCCGCCGUUGCUCGUAACCCUCCCCAAGGUUCAGGCCAAAAUCCUUCAGGUGCCCAGUCCAAACAAGGGUCAGGCGGUAGCCGGAACCGACACAAAGGACCAAGUCCUCGGAGGAGUCAGCGCCGCGCAGCUCAGCGCUGCCGUCACGUCCCUGACGCCGCCGUCGUCGCCGGAGCUCGGCCGGCACCUCUUUAAGCCCACACAGACGCUCACCGCCACGGCGGAUGGCACGUUGACGCUUAAGCUGGUGGCGAAGAAGGUGGGACUAGGGGCGACCAAGGUGGUGGCGGCACGUGCGUUGCCUUCCCCGCCGAGCCGAGGAGGAGCGCUGAGUGACGGCGAGCAGGGAGGCGGUGGAAGUCUGGGAGGAGAUAUUCCUGAGAACAAGAAGAGAGUCCACAGGUGCCAGUUUAAUGGCUGCAGGAAGGUUUACACCAAGAGCUCCCAUCUGAAGGCACAUCAGAGGACCCACACAGGUGAGAAGCCCUAUAAGUGCUCAUGGGAGGGCUGCGAGUGGCGCUUUGCCCGCAGCGACGAGCUGACGCGACACUACCGCAAACACACCGGAGCGAAGCCAUUCAAGUGCAACCACUGCGACAGGUGUUUCUCUCGAUCGGACCAUCUGGCCCUGCACAUGAAGAGGCACAUCUGAGGGUCGGAAAGGAGAGGAGUGGACGAGGAAGACGACUGGUGGAGGAUGAAGAGGAGUAGUGGCAGGAGAGAGGAAUGGCCGGAGAAGCUACAAAACCGUUAAAGAGCAAAAACCCUCAACGGUUGCUUCGAGGAUCUCCAUCGGAGAAGAGGGGGGAAAGGAGGAGACGAGGAGUAGCUAGAUUGUUGUUUUUCUUUAAUAUUACACAUUCACAUUUUGCAGCAGUACACACUUCGCACAUCCGUCUUCUAUUGCAUCAUCCCGGUGAACCCUGGCUGCUCUUGCGCAGCUCGCGGGUCUUGGACACUGCCAAACCGUGCUUGAGUCGCUCGACGAAACACUCCGCCGCCUUACUUUCUUUCUGUGUAUUCAACCCGUUUAAAUUAGUGAGUCAUUUUGGUGAAGAAGCAGUCCAGCGGGGUCGGGGGGGAAAGUCUUUAAUAUUCACUUAGUCAGUGCUUUCAAAUACUCAAUGUUUUUUUCUUGCCGUUUUUCUUUUUUUUGUGUGUGUUCUCUUUCCUACAUGAAACACAUGAGGAAAUAUCAUCCGCCGCACUCAGCUGCAAUCUAUGUGGGAGAAAAACAACAACGACGCGGCGUCUGCGGGGAGAGACGCCAUGCGGAUCGAGACUGACAAUCGACGCCCCUCUCCACCCCCUCUCUCGCCCGACGGGGCGUUUCGGGGCGUUCGUGGGAAAUCGGUCAGCAGAUGCUGCUGCAGCUCUCAGGCUCUCCUCCGAAGAAAAAAUAAAAGGGGGAGUUCGCAUCUCUCGACCUUCGCCGAGACGCCUGCCGCCUCCGCGGGCCAUCCGACAGAAUUGCGCAGCGACACUUUCUUCCCGUUUUUUUUCUACUUUAAAGAACAAUAAUCCUUCUUAUUGCUAUACAUAAUUUUGGAAAAAGGAAAAAAAAAAGAAAAAGAAAAAAGUAAGACAUUUUUGCGCUUUUCUCUCUUGGAGAAAACUUCUUAGAGCUCACUGAAAUGUUAGAGGAAAGACUGGAUGUCUAAGGUGACUUCAACAAAAUGUGUGGGAAGCGAAGGAGAGCGUUGUUGGUCUUUUUUUUAUUAUUCCCGUGCGCUCUGACUCUGCAGACUGUGUGAGCAGCCGAUGGAUGGGGUGAAAGAAAGAAAAAAAACUGAAACAGCUCAGAGUAAAGGAUCGGUGUUUUAUUUGGACUGAAAUAAAAGCAAAAGGCAGAGAGGUCUUCAUUUUUUUUUCUCUCUCUCUGGCACUCUUUCUGCCCUGCAACCCAACACAGCUCAAACACAGAACAACAAACCCCAGGAUGACCUCCCGCGUUCUUAAGAGGGAGGACUCGCUCGCGUAAAAAAACUGGCAAACUUUUUUUUUAUUAUUCAUUAGUCUCUUCUUUUAUUCUGAAAGUCAUCCAUGUGCGUUUCCACCAACUCAGAGGAUCCAUCUUCCUGGCAGCACUGCAGGGUGAGAACUGGGGCUCAGAGAGCUGCUGUUUUGCUUUUUGCUUCUUUUUUUUCUCCCGCACAUGGGACUGAAGAUGCCAGCUUUCACGUUCGUAUGUUGGUUUUGGACAGAACUGGUCACACGGACCCCGGCGACUUCGCCCGUUUUGUAUCCAUUAACUGCACUUACUUAUUUUAUUUUAAUGUUAUCUGUGAUUUUUUUUCUACAGCUUAAAAUAAAAAAGAAAAAAUGAAACAAUGGAAAAAAAAACUAUAAAAGACUGUUAGAAAUACUACACAAAAAACAGCUCUUUCUCUCUCUUCACACUUUGCAUACAGAACAAGCACAUGUACUCCGUCAACACACACACAUACACACACAUUUUGCAGUUCCUACGCUCCUGGCGCCUCUCAAGAUAAGACUAAUAAGAAAUAGAAAAAUAAUUAUUAAGCUAAUGAAGAGAGUUGGAAAACAAAACGCAGCAUGGCAGGCUUUAUUGCAAACACACACACACACACACACGCCGGCUCACGAACACACACAGACAGACAGACUCACACUCUUCGUGGAAUUACAUGUUCUGUUCCCAAAUCUUUUUUCACAGUAGGAAUUUAGCAACUGUUGUUUGGUGGAAGAGUAUCUUAGCUCUCGGCUGGAGGUAACAAUCCCAAAUCCUUUUGAAGUGAGAAAUCGGCUUGUUCUCAGCUCCAACAGUCACCCACAGAAACCCUCGCUGCAGUCUGCGCCUCGUGUUUAAUCGGUUCCUGUACCGCAGGACGCGGGUUGUGUCGUCGUUGGCGACGGUCGGUGUUUUGUAGUCGGCGGGUGGGAGGGCGGCUAAACGGUAAAACAAGUGAAGCAGAUAAAAUCGUAAAACCGGUAAAAAAAAAACAACAAACGUUGUCAGCUAGCUGCUUCUGUAAAAUGUGGUUUCUUGGGAAAGUCUCCAGAAACGUCGAUUGGAAAUUGGAAAUCAGCAUCUGAAUUCCCAAGUGCAGGUUCGAUUCGACAAAGGAGGCUGAGCAGCAUUCAUUUAGAAACUUGGAACCCGAACCUUCCAGCGCUGCCCACUCGGAGUGCAUUUGGCCAGUUCUACGACGACAUCGACUACGAUGAGUGUUUAAAAACUCAAAAACAAAGCUUUUAAAAGGGGCUGUGUGUAAUUUUUAAAGCCAGCUUUUGUUAGAAGAUUAUAAGGAGUUACCUGCAGCAUACAGCUUCAUUUAGAAUAAAUCCAGAUUAGUUGGUCUCGGGGCUGGACGCUGUAAGCCAGUCCCAGAGGGAACAAGAUCAAAUGGGAUCUUUUCUUUUUUAAAACCAAUCCAAUCGCCACCUCAAUUUCCUGUCAAUAAUCGUCACAUUCUGUGUGGUUAGAUGAAUGAUUUAAAUAUUUCCAGAAUAACAUUUGCAUAGACUGAUAUGUCAUUUCUCAGUCCAGAGUUGGUAUUGAGAUGUUAAAAGUCCACCUUGGUCACCACCUAAUUUAGGUUUACACUAAAUGUGUAAACCUAAAAUCUACACUUUAGGUGUAACCUAAAGUGUAGAUUUUAGGUUAUCAAUAAGAAAAGAUAUUAAUUUUUCUUACCUAAAAAGUUAAUCUUUUCAAGUAAGAUAUUAACUGCUUACAAUCUAUUAACAGAACCCCUGAACUCUCUCCUUUGAGUUUUCAAUGCCUAGAAAAUUAUGCCUUUUUUUUUUUGGUCAAUGCUCAGAAUUUGGGAGAAUGAUUCCAAAACAACAAAAUUAAACUUGUCAACGGAAAAUCCGAGCGGAUCCCCUUGACGUCGCUCCCUAAAUUAUGCAGAAUCUCUUGCCGUCGUUCAUUUAUGAAUUUUUAACCAACGUUCACAGAAAUACCUAGGAAUUUGUUGCUUCACCGGGAAAACUCUCCUCCGUCUGUCGGAUCACCUGCUGGGUUUUCAGGACCGCGCUCCUUCUUUCGUCUAUGCGACCCGAAUGCGAACGACAUUAAAAACCUACAUAAAAUAUCAGGAUCACGCAUCUCUGAAUGCCGACUUUCUUUGCUCAGUGGUUGCAGGG